CUUACUAAAAACUAGAAAUUAUAGGCAACUGAAUAUAGAAUUAUUUUAAAAAUAUAAGAUAAAGAAAACAAACACAGAAGAGUCCACAAUUUCAUCUGUGAAGCUCCCAGGCUAGCAGACAGAACGUAUUUUCAUCUGGGUGAAUUUCAUUUGAAAUUUGCCUCCUCUUCUGGCCAAUGGGAACUUUGAGUUUCCCAGAAAGAAGCAUAUUUUACUUUGAUUUUCCAGAAAAUCUCCCACAAUCAUAAUGCACUGAUGAUGGUGUAAGCCCCAAGAAAUACUGUCUUUCUCUGUCCUUCUAGGACUCAGAGGAUAGAAUGAAUCCCAAUCUCCUCUUUUAAAUCCCUAUUUAUGCAUGCACAUCCAAUUUAGCAGGAGAUUUGCAAGUCCUUACCUGAGACAGAAAGACUUGAAGGUCAUAGGUGUAGCAGAAGGCAAGACAUGAUUUAGAACUUCUGCCCUUCACACCCUUAUGGCCAUGAAAGGGAAGCAGCCACAGAGGGCCCCAGGAGCACACAAGGCUCCCCCACCAGAGGAGGACAAUCCCAGGGUUAGAUGUUGGAAAUGUGGGGCCUUUGGGCACAAGGCAAGCAGCCUCAGGUGUCCCAUGAAGCGUCAAAGUGGGGCUUUAGCCCCCCAUGCCCUGGGCUCCAAGGAUAUGAAGGAGAGCCAGAAUCCUUGGAAUCCGAGGGACCUGUGGAACGGAGGGCCCUUGAACAAGGCUGCUAGGUUAACCCAGCAGAGAGUUCGGAAUGAAGAACACAGACAGGAUCUUCAUCAGAAAUUACAACAGAGAGCCCGAGGAGGGCCCCAGCACAACUGGAAGGACAAGACAGAACCCUGUGACUACAUGCGGGUGAGAUGCUGGAACUGCAGGGAAUUUGGGCAUAAGGCAAGCAGCCACAGGUGUCCACUGAAGCAGAGGAAUAGGGCCCUAGCCCCCCAGGCUAUGGGCUCCAAUAAGAUGAAGGAGAACCUGAAUCCACGAAAUCCCCAGGUUCAGCAGAACCCAGGAUGCUUUAACAAGGCUGCUAGGAAGACUGAGCAGAGAGCAUGUCAGGAAGAACAGAGACAAGACCCUUGCUGGAGACUUCCCUGGAGACCCACACGCAGGCCCCAGAAAAAUGGGAAGGAAGAGAAAGAACGCUGUGCCUAUGAUCUACACAAGCUAAGACCUGAUCAUACCAAGAUGAAAUAUGUGGGAGACCCUGAUCUCACCACUUGUUCACCAAAAAGGAAACAUGUCAUGACAUCUAUAGCACCUCCAAUCAAAGGUGUUGAGAGAAGUGCCUGCUUACCUUCUGGAUCAAAGAAUGGGCAGGAAAGGCCGGUCACAGACUCCCCUCAGACAGAAGGCACACACUUCGUCCAGGAUCCCACCCAUAGUGUCCAUGAGAAGGAUGACAGACCCCACUCUGCCUUCAUGAUCCAGGGCCUGGACCAAACACUCAUCCACCAGCCACAUGACAAAUUCCCUGAUGGGAACUCACACAGCAUCCAACAUGCUUCUGCACACAGUGUGGGCCAGGACUCUGAUCUCAUCAUCAAGGUGCCUGGCAAGAGAGCUGCCAGGACCUCCAGCCAGACCUGCCAGAAGCCCACAAAGAAAUCCAGACUCAGCCCCUGUGUGAAGAGCACACAGAGUCCUGACCUCCAGCCUCUGCACCAGGGCCCUCCCAUCAAGACUCUCCAGCCCUUCCAGCUGUCUCCAUUCCCACCAAUUCCAGGCCAGCUCCUCAGUAAGGUCUUCAUGACAUUAGACAAAGGCCAGUGGAGCAACAGACACAUGACACCUCCAUCCCUGCCUCCUGAGAAGCUCAGCACUCCUGCUCAGAUUCCUUAUACCCCAGAGAAGUCAGAGGCACUCUGUCCCUGUGUCCCUUUGAGUGUCCUCCUUGAGGCCCUUCAGCUUUCCUCUUCCUCUAAAGAAGGUGAUGGCCAGUGAGACACUCCAUGUCAGGGAAGACAUGUUUUCAGCCCCUGGAGUUGCCUGAGGAACUGAAGAGUGGAAAUCACUGGGAGCAAAAGUUUCUGGGAAAUCAGUGCUUCCCUUUUGUUCUGUGUGGACAGAUGGUGGGAAAUCUAAUUAUGCUUGGGGCACACAGACCCAGUUAUUGCUCUUUUAAUUUAUGUAGGUAUAGUGAUAUUUUAUAAGAAACUAUAGUUUGUGCUAAUUGAACUGGAAAGGGAAGUAGAGUUUUAGAAAUUUCAUCCAUUGUAAAAUUAAGCUAAGUUACAAUAAUUAUCCUUAAAGUUGAUUGGGAAUAGGAGGCUGUGUAAUGAAUUUGUAUUAGGUGUGCACCUGUGUGCUUUGGGGAACCUGGGACAGAGCCACCUGUGUAGUCUGUAGAUUUGAAGCAGCACCUGUUGUCCUGAGAUGAGAUUGUUUCACGCUACUGUGUUAUCUCAAUGGAAAUUAGGAGGGGGACCCUUCCCAUGACUUUGCAUCUUUGAUUUAUGGAAUGUCAUAUUAAAGCUUUGUUUUAAAUAUAGUUUGUGUUUGGCAUCAAUAAAACUUUGCAAAAUA